AUGAUCUCAGAUACCUAUGAGAAUGCUAAAUUCUCCUCAACCACAGGUGGAAAGUCUCCGAUAGCGUUGGGAAAGCCUUCCACCAUGUCGUGGAACUUGUCCACCGAUACCUCUACAGAGGCAACCUCUCGUCCUCCCCUAGCCUCACAACAGUCGAAUUCCCUUCCUUCCACUCCAUAUCAACAUACGCGCAACCUUUCAUUCCACUCGAGGACGCCUUCCCCCCCUCACGGAAACACGUCGCCACGCUCGACCCAUUCCGAGUCAAUACACUUUCCUCCGUCGUUACGAAAGCCGUUCGCAGGUUGCAAAUAUGAAACGGCAAUGGCCUUUUUCCGACGGAGGAUGCCUUAUACAAUAGGUGCUGAUCUGUUACCGGAGGAAAAGGAAGGUCUCAAAGAGCGGCUUGAAGCAGAGGAGGAGGAGAGACUGACUAAGGAUAUGUUGGAGGUAUAUGAUCGUUUAUUACCAUCAGCGGAGAGCGACGACCGACGGCGUCAGCUGGUUCGAAAGUUGGAGAAACUCUUCAAUGAUCAGUGGCCAGGUCACGAUAUUAAGGUUCAUGUCUUCGGGUCGUCGGGGAACAAGCUCUGCUCAAGCGAUUCAGACGAGCUGGAACACGUGUGUCUGCUCGCCGAAGUUCUCGCAAAGCAUGGAAUGGAACGGGUCGUUUGUGUUUCGCAUGCGAAAGUCCCAAUCGUGAAGAUCUGGGAUCCGGAGCUACGUCUUGCGUGUGAUAUGAACGUCAACAACACUUUGGCGUUGGAAAAUACGCGUAUGGUGCGAACGUAUGUGGAAAUCGACGAGCGUGUUCGGCCUUUGGCCAUGAUCAUCAAAUACUGGACAAAACGGAGGAUCCUUAACGAUGCAGUUUGCUCGUUCGACGAUGAUCUUAGCUCCCUCGUGGGGUAUGGGCGAAAAAACAAGCAGACGCUUGGGGAGCUGCUCUUCCAAUUCUUCAGGUAUUAUGGCCAUGAGCUCGACUAUGAGAAGUACGUGAUAUCUGUGCGGGAAGGCCGGUUGAUAUCGAAAGAGGAGAAGGGGUGGCACCUUCUCCAGAACAAUCGUCUCUGCGUCGAAGAGCCAUUCAACACGUCGAGGAAUCUGGGCAAUACAGCGGAUGACACAUCAUUUCGAGGCGUCCACAUGGAGUUGCGUAGGGCUUUCAAGGCAGUGUCCGAGGGCAACCUCGAGGAUUGCUGUGAGCAGUAUGAAUACCCGCCUGAGGAAGAGCGAUCAUGGGAGCGACCGCCUCCUCAACCACGACCUACGUUGACAGCCCCGCCGCAACUAUCCCGGGGCGGCCGUGGAGGUCGUGGAGGGCGCCAUUCGAAUCACUACACGCGCGGUGGCCAUUCCGGAGGCCGCCGUUCAUCGAAUACACCGAACAAGCCCAACGGUUUCCGCCAGCUGAAUCCCAGCAUAAGUGCCACGGAACUAUCUCUACAGGCGCAGCACGCACAGUACCUGUUGCACGAUCACUUGUACCAGCAAAUCCAAAUCCUGCAAGCACAGGAGCAGGAAUUGCGAUUGCAAUUGCAAAACCAGGCGCUGCUCACAGGGAGACCCCCUCCAGUGCUCAUCCGCCAGCCGUUCAUACAGUUUCCCAUUCCUCAGCAGCAGCCGCAGCCGCAGCCUGAAUCGAGUGUAGAUGACGGGUCUCGGUCUAGGUCCGGGACUCAUCCGCCUCUCAGCGCGAGUCUACGUCCGCAGGCGUACAACAAUUCCGCCUAUCUUCCGGUCGCUGUCACUCCCGCACAGGGAAGUAGCACGAAUCCCCCGUCACCCUCAGCCGUGUCUGCUCUUCCCGAGCUCCGACGUACACCGCGUCGCCAGUCCAUAGCAAAUGGCUCUCCUGGUCGAUCACUUAGGGCGCACUCACAGCCGGCACGACCUGCGAACUCCCCGGCUCUCCCGAGCUUUGCUCCGCUGUAUUCCGUCUCUCAGCCUGUCGACAAUUCCCAACUCCCGAAACAGCGCAACAAUUCUAUAUCUCCCCCGGAAGGAAACCAGAGCGAGGACGAGAAUUCCUUUAUGCCCAGCAGUCUCCCUAACGUGUCGCGUGCACCGUAUCUGGAUGAAAACCGACCGUCUGAGUACAUGGGGUACUAUUUGGCAACUUCUCCGCAAUUGCAAAUGUAUCAUCAGAACGCCAUGCUAUCGCCCUUGUCAGCGCCGGUAGGUCUGGCACUCCAGAACGGCAGCAUUCUGCCGUUUGUUGGAGCCCCGCAGGAAUACAUGUCCACGGUACCUACCAAUGAGACAUUUGGCUCCCCCCCUGAGAGCAGUGUUGCGCCCUCUGCCAAGCCCGCAUCAUCAUAUCAGAGACCCACUCCUCGACCAGUGGCCUCUCACGACCGGAACGGCCCUCUGAUAGUCGAUGGCUCCAUCCCUUUGAGUGAACAGCGCACUUUGGUUUCCGGAGAGGCUUAUGAUCAGUAUGCCACUAUGAGCCACUGUACUUCUGCGUCUGACGAUCGCAACACGGACACCCCCGCCAGCAUCUCCGACUCGCUUUCCCAGGACUACCAGGACAAUAGCUCAGUCGAGAUCGACCAAUCAGCGUACUUCACCAGGCAGACGAUUGAUGCUCCCAAGUCGGGCAAUGCAACGGACGCCUGGGUCAAUGGGCACCACGGGAAGCCUGGUCUACUCUCAAGUAGGUUGCAAAAUCUCCAUGUUUCCAAUGGAGAGAAUGUCACAGAUACUUCACCCAGGUCUAGCCCAGAAAGGUUCAAAGGCGUUCAGCCGCGUCAUGAGAUAUCGGAUCAGGAUGGCUUCCGCUCCAAGCAAUCUGGUCUAGAAAGAGGACUGCCUCCGUCGGGCCCGUCACCGGCAGCGGAUCCGAAUGGGCCAUCAGCGACUGGUAAACGUCGCUCGAAUAAUGCGGAUUUCUCUGACAAAUCGAACGCCCUUAUCCACAAGACGAAGCCUAAGAACCGUCAUGACGGUCCACACAACAUCUCUGCUGGGCCGGCGGAUAGCAAGGAACGGCACAUUGCUCAUGCGCCUCGCAAGCCCAACGGUAUCAAUGCGUCGACUCUUGAUUCAGCUAGCGGUCAGGGAAGCAAUGGAUGGCAGACAACUAAGAAAAAGCAGAAAAAGAAUGCCAAGCCAAUGGAGCCCCGAUCUGGCUUCCAUGCGGGUGCAGAGCCUCUACCUGCAGACGAGUCGUUGAGGAAAGGCGGAUGA